AUGGCCACCUUUGUUCAAACCAAGGGUCUUCUCUCUCUCCCCACCAACCCCAAAUCCAGGGCUUCUCUUUCCCGUCAUCUGAACCCUUCUCACGGCCUCAAGAACCGUUUUUUAUCUCUGAAUCCCAAACCCAUCUGCGCCCCUUCUCUCUCCGUCGCCAAAUUUCAACCCCUCGGCUCCAAACCCAAAAAUUUAUUCAUCUGCCGGGCCGAGGCGGCCGCCGCCGCAGAUGGGCCGGCCCAGCCCGCCUUCGAAGAGGUCGAGGCUGAGAAGCCGAAACUAUUGGGCAUCGAGAUCACCACCUUGAAGAAAAUCAUCCCUUUGGGUUUGAUGUUCUUUUGCAUCCUUUUUAAUUACACGAUUCUCAGAGACACCAAGGAUGUCCUUGUUGUCACUGCUAGAGGGAGCAGUGCGGAGAUUAUUCCGUUUCUGAAGACUUGGGUGAACCUUCCCAUGGCCGUUGGGUUUAUGUUGUUGUACACCAAGUUGGCCAAUGUUUUGUCUAAGCAAGCUCUUUUCUACUCCGUGAUUCUUCCCUUCAUUGGUUUUUUUGGGGCUUUUGGGUUUGUACUGUACCCUCUCAGCAACUAUAUUCACCCCGAGGCGUUUGCGGAUAAGCUUCUCAACAUCCUCGGACCAAGGUUCCUUGGCCCCCUUGCGAUCAUGAGAAUUUGGAGUUUCUGUUUGUUCUAUGUCAUGGCUGAGUUGUGGGGGAGUGUCGUCAUUUCCGUGCUCUUUUGGGGAUUUGCUAACCAGAUAACUACUGUUGAGGAAGCGAAACGAUUCUAUCCAUUGUUUGGACUCGGGGCCAACAUAGCCCUUAUUUUCUCUGGGAGGACUGUGAAAUACUUUUCUAACCUGAGGCAGAAUUUGGGUCCUGGAGUUGAUGGUUGGGCCAUCUCUCUAAAAGCAAUGAUGAGUAUAGUUGUGGGUAUGGGGUUUGCAAUCUGUUUCCUGUACUGGUGGGUGAAUACCUAUGUUCCUCUUCCUACACGUAGCAAGAAGAAGAAGGAGAAGCCAAAAAUGGGUACAAUGGAGAGUUUGAAGUUCUUGGUGUCUUCCAAGUACAUCAGAGAUCUUGCUACUUUAGUGGUUGCUUAUGGAAUCAGCAUCAAUCUUGUUGAGGUUACUUGGAAGUCUAAGCUCAAAGCUCAAUUUCCUAGCCCCAACGAGUACUCUUCUUUUAUGGGUGACUUCUCCACUGCAACUGGAAUUGCCACAUUCACAAUGAUGCUUGUGAGCCAGUUUAUAUUUGACAAAUAUGGAUGGGGAGUGGCUGCCACAAUCACCCCUACAGUGCUGCUUUUGACAGGAGUUGGUUUCUUUUCUCUGUUAUUGUUCGGUGGCCCACUUGCACCUAGUCUUGCACAGUUUGGAAUGACUCCACUUCUAGCAGCUGUAUAUGUAGGUGCUUUGCAGAACAUAUUCAGCAAGAGUGCCAAGUACAGUUUGUUUGAUCCCUGCAAAGAAAUGGCCUACAUUCCAUUGGAUGAGGAUACCAAGGUUAAAGGAAAGGCAGCCAUUGAUGUUGUGUGUAACCCAUUGGGGAAAUCUGGAGGUGCCCUUAUUCAGCAAUUUAUGAUCUUAAGUUUUGGGUCACUUGCAAAUUCAACCCCAUACCUAGGAGGAGUGCUUUUGCUGAUUGUUUCAGCCUGGUUAGCAGCAGCCAAAUCGUUGGACACCCAGUUUACUGCAUUGCGUAAAGAGGAAGAACUGGAGAAAGAGCUGGAAAGAGCGGCCGCCGUUAAGAUACCAGUGGUGGCUGAGAAUGACGGUGGAAAUGGUUCUCUUGCAACCGGUGCACCCUUAAAUCCAGCCUCCGGUGACUCCUCAAGUAGUCCAUCUGAAGCUUCAUCUCCUCGCAAUAUUUGAAAAAUGUGCUUCCUUCUGUGAAAAUUGUCCCACAGAAUUGAGCAACAAGUAGAGCUCUUUUGAGAGCAGUGUUAGGUGAAACUAUUUGUUGUAGGUUUAUAUACAAGUCUCUUAUAGAAUAAGCUUGCUAGCUACUUUCUCAAGUCACAUAAAUUUUUUGUCCUCUUAGAUCAGAUGAAUUUCUUCAAUUGUUAUCAUGGUUUACUGUUUAGUGAACCGCAUUUGUUUUCCAUGAAAGAUAGAAGUUCGUUUCAGUGUUAUAUGUAAUAUGUAUUUCUCUCUUU